AUGUUUACAAUUCCACUGCCAUGUAUCGACUGUCUUCUGAUGAAUAAACAGGUGUUGUCUGCCUUCGUUCAUCCCCAAAAGGUUCUGAUGAAUAAACAGGUGUUGUCUGCCUUCGUUCAUCCCCAAAAGGUUCUGAUGAAUAAACAGGUGUUGCCUGCCUUCGUUCAUCCCCAAAAGGUUCUGAUGAAUAAACUGGUGAUGUCUGCCUUCGUUCAUCCCCAAAAGGUUCUGAUGAAUAAACUGGUGAUGUCUGCCUUCGUUCAUCCCCAAAAGGUUCUGAUGAAUAAACAGGUGAUGUCUGCCUUUGUUCAACCCCAAAAGGUUCUGAUGAAUAAACAGGUGAUGUCUGCCUUCGUUCAUCCCCAAAAGGUUCUGAUGAAUAAACAGGUGUUGUCUGCCUUCGUUCAUCCCCAAAAGGUUCUGAUGAAUAAACAGGUGUUGUCUGCCUUCGUUCAUCCCCAAAAGGUUCUGAUGAAUAAACAGGUGAUGUCUGCCUUCGUUCAUCCCCAAAAGGUUCUGAUGAAUAAACAGGUGUUGUCUGCCUUCGUUCAUCCCCAAAAGGUUCUGAUGAAUAAACAGGUGAUGUCUGCCUUCGUUCAUCCCCAAAAGGUUCUGAUGAAUAAACAGGUGAUGUCUGCCUUCGUUCAUCCCCAAAAGGUUCUGAUGAAUAAACAGGUGUCGUCUGCCUUCGUUCAUCCCCAAAAGGUUCUGAUGAAUAAACAGGUGAUGUCUGCCUUCGUUCAUCCCCAAAAGGUUCUGAUGAAUAAACAGGUGUUGUCUGCCUUCGUUCAUCCCCAAAAGGUUCUGAUGAAUAAACAGGUGAUGUCUGCCUUCGUUCAUCCCCAAAAGGUUCUGAUGAAUAAACAGGUGUUGUCUGCCUUCGUUCAUCCCCAAAAGGUUCUGAUGAAUAAACAGGUGUUGUCUGCCUUCGUUCAUCCCCAAAAGGUUCUGAUGGACUGCUUCUUUUUUUUGAAAACAAAUGAUUUAGUUUUGCAUAAUGAUGACGUUAUUUGACACAUAAAAUACUUUUCCUGUGUCUG